AUGGAGGUGCACCAGCUGGUUCAGUUCGUGCAGGUGCAGGAGGUGCACCAACACCAGAAGGUCCUCCACGUGCACUCCGAGGAGCAGGCAUGGGAGGGCCGGAGCCGCUGCUGCGGGGCGGGGCCCGUCAUGCAGCGAUUCAUGGGGGGGAGCCGGAGGUACGCGAAGGCGGCGAUCGGCCCGGGAAGUCAAUGGCUGGCCAACCCGAUAUACACGCCCCCGGAGCAGCCACCGCCUGUGGACAACAUAUGCGAGAUGGAGUGCCCGCUGAGGACGGUGGCCAAACACCUGUCGCGCGUGUCGGGGCGGGCCUUCGACAGGUGCCGGUCCUCUUCCACAGUGGGGUCGCCGUCGUCAUCCAGCGUUGACGGCUCCGUGCGGGUGACCGGCGCCCAGGGCCUGGUGUGGUCGAGCAACCCGGUGUUCGCGGAUGAGCAGGGCGUGCCAUGGGGCCCGGGAGCGGCCGGGGGCAGGGACAGCGGGUCGUCCCGCCAGUCGCGAAUUUCUUCAAGAAUAAGCCGGACGUCCCGGAUCAGUUCGGCGUACGACGUGGAGUUAUCGCCGCUGCCACGAAUCAGGACCAACCACGAGCGGGAGUUGACUGAGGACUCCGCGAAGGAACUGGCUACUGGCGCGCUGAGCGGUGUUUCUCCGGUGGUCUCUGGGUUCAUCUCGGGGAGAGACUCUCGCGACUUCGACGCUGUGAACACUUACACGGCGGAGUGGCUGCGCCCAGAGGAACUGCGCAGCGCGGCGCUGCGAUACUCUCCGAGGCCCGCGGACCGUCGUGGUGGCAUCCAUGCGGGUCCCGGAAGGGACUCUUGCAUGGAUGAUUUCAUACACAGGCUGGAGGAGAACAGCUGGUCGAAAAUUGGCAAGUUGCGGAGUGACAUUGAGGACAAACAAGGAGAGAUCGCGUCUCUAAUUGAUGCGGUGUCUGAUGGGACGUCGCAGCGUAGAAAGAUUGUGUCUUAUCCACUCCCCGAUGCCCUGAAACAAAUCCACGAGCUGAGGGAGAUGAUACAGGAUAUGGACAAAGUGAUUGCCAACCUGUAUCAGGACAUCGCACGAGAGAUAGCGGCUCUGGCGAAGAUGGGGAACGCAAUGGCGACUCCGCGAGCGUCUGUGCCCUGGCAUGUGUCAGGUGCACAGGCCAUGAUGCCAUGGUCCAUGAGUGGCAGCAGCUCGGUCCGCAAGCAGAGAAGCCCUGCGCGUCGGCGCCGGUCUCUCAGAGGUCCUUCGCGUCAGGACUCGCUGGAGGGAGACACUCUCAGCCGGCUGGAGGUCCAAGUGCAGGUUCUGGCGGAGCAGCUGCAGGUGCUGCAGACCAAGGUGCGCGACCAGAAGCUGCGGCGGUCGGCGGGCCACAGGGCAGAGCACCCCGCGGGCAGGAACCGGAGCGCGUGCGCCGCGGCGCCCCUGGACGGGCCCCAGGACGCCGCCCAGCGUCGCGCAGCGCCCCAGGAGGUCGCCCGGUGCACCCAGGCGCCCCAAGAGGAGCCCCAGCGCCCCGCGGCGCCUCGGGACAAGGCUGAGCACCCCGCGGCGGCGCCUCGCUGCGAGGAGGACACCGCCGAGUCGGGCGAUCGGACGGAGCGGUCUGCGGAGUCUGCGCAACAGGCCCGCACGACCGAUCGCUCUGCGACGCCCAGCUGCGACGAGUUCCACUCCGCCCACCGCUCCAGCGACGGUGGGCGCUCCACGCACCGCUCCUGCGACGACGGCCACUCCACGCACCGGUCCGCCGGAUCCUCGGCGUGCGUCUCCGCGGUGUCUGAGCUCGCCAGCGUGGUGGAGAAGGGAUCGGACGCUUCGGACAUCUCGGGCACCUACGAGAUCGUCCUGAACCCCUUCUUUGAGGACGGGGACAACCCGCUGUUCGGCGCGGGCGACGACGUCCCCGGCUGCCCGCCGCCCUUCUUCGACGGCUGCUGGCGGCAGAGCAGCUUCUGGCCGGUAGAGGCGCAGUACGACUCCAUCGCCGUGAUGCAGCAGCUGGUCGCGGAGAGCGACGCCGAGAUUGCGCGGCUGACGGCGGAGAUUGGGGGAGGAGGGUACUACACGCCGGCAUACUAUCCCGUGCAGGCGGCAGGGGUCAACGGGUACAUGCGCCGAAACCCGGUUUUUGACGGGCGGAGUCCCCACCAGGGAGUCCUGGCGGUGUAA